AGCCUACAGUAAAAGAGGCGCCACGGGCGGCUGUGGUGGGGGGUCUGGUUCAACUGGGGACGCUAGGCGAGCGCUCCGUUUCUCAUACCGAUGCGCAUCUGUCUGUCUAGCAGACGAAUUUGAACCGCGGUCCACGGAAAACACUUGUUAGGCUAGGCUUUUAGGCUGCACGUAAAGAGCCGAGCCUACGAACUCUCUCGACGCAUCAAUAGGUCAAACGCUAAGAAAUGGUUGGGUGCUGUGUAGGCAAUUGCACCAAUUCGUCUGCAAAGGGAUUUGGUAUGUUCAGAUUCCCUAAAGACCCAAAAUUCAGAGGGAAAUGGACGGAUGUUUGUGACCGACCUGGCUGGGCUCCAUCCAAUCACUCGCGAAUGUGUGAUGCCCACUUUGACGAAAACCAAUGGGAGAAGUAUAAGGUCAGGCUGAAGUCAGAGGCAGUGCCACACAGAUUAUGCACUUGUCACCACAGAAUCCCUUACAAUGUGCAUGAAAUGUUUGGUGCAAUAGCACCAAAUGUGGAUCACUUGUACGCAGCUAAGCCUCAGCAUUUCCGUGAUUGCUCGAAAGUUUUGGGCAGAACAGUGCAGCAAGUUCCCAGUCCAGUAGAUGUAGUUGAGCAUUGUGUUUUGCAGCGGCAGUUGCAAGAUUUGACUGCUCGUUUAGCUGCCAAAGAAAAUGAGGUGAAAGGGCAGCAAGCCCUUCUGUCAUCUGUGUCCAGUUUGAAGAGUGCCUCGGAAGACAACAACAUCAAGCCCCAUUUUGAUUCCGGUGACAUCAAGAGCGGCCUUCAACUCAGAUUUGCUUGCGGAACAUCUGGGUAUGAAACGGUACUAAAGAGCCCUGCUUUAAUGAAGAAGCAGCCAAGUGUUCGCACAUUGCAGAGAAGAACUGAGCAUAUCGCUUUUGAGCCCGGACUCCAAAUAGAUAUAAUCUCUGCUCUUCGGGAAAAAGUGAAAGCACUUCCAGACCAAAGAGACAGAGAUUGUAAUCUAUUUUUUGAUGCAAUGGCAACCAAGGCUCGGCUUGACUUUGACAUUGGGACUAAAUCAUAUUUGGGGCGGUCUACUUUGCCGGGCUUAGAAAACCCUGACUUAGCUUGUAAAGGUGAAGUAUGGAUGUUUGGAGGCAUUCGUCAAAAGUGGAAACAAAUUGUAGCUUGGCAUCUAACUCCCAAUCAAGAAUGCGCUAAAGUUAAGAAAAAUGUGAUUUUGGACCUUCUGAAGAAGGCUGACGAAGCUGGUCUGAAUGUAGUUUCAAUAGUGUGUGACAUGGGAAACCGUUCCCUUUUAGCUGAGUUAGGCUUUUGUACAACCAAAAGCGAAAUGAGGUACUGCAUACCUAAUCCUGUGAAGCCAACUGUUCCACUCUACCUGGUACCCGACGCUGUUCAUGUGUUCAAAAGUUUAAAGGAGAUGAUUGUCUCCAAUGAAGUCAUUACUCUUCCGGACUACAUUGUUGAGGAAUUUGAUUUGCCAUCAAAUGAAGUUUGUCUUUCCCACAUAGAAUAUCUUGAAGAAUAUCAAAGAGGAGAGGACCUGAAAUUUGUUCCAAAACUCAAAGUGACCGAUAUUCAUACUCCUCAUUAUAGUAAAAUGAAAGUCAAGUCAGCGUAUCAAGUCCUUCACCACAAUACUGCCUGUGGCAUUGAAUACCUAGUUCAGAAGAAGAUAGUGCCAGAGUCCCACAGAACAACAGCUUGGUUUGUAGAGGUUGUGGACCGUUGGAGGCAGUUGAUGACUUCUCGGACCCUUUCAACUGCGUUGGGGAAAAUGAAUGAAGAAGCCUACAACAAAGCACGGGCUCAUCUGAAACUAGUCAUUAAAAUAUUUAAAGACAUGAAAGUGGAAGGAGGGUGGAAGCCAGUGCAAACACAUCUUGUGAUGGCAACAGAAUCUAUUUUAGAAAUCUCAGAGCAUUUGUUAGAAGAGUGUGGCUAUGAUUUUCUUUUUGUGGGCAGAUUCCUUCAAGACAUUGUUGAAAAUUUGUUUUCUGUGAUAAGAAUGCAGCGCCCCACCCCUGGACCCGUAGAACUGAAGUAUCGUCUCAAGCAAUGUGCCCUGUCACAAUUUAAUAAGGAAAUUAAGAAUUCAUCGUAUGAUUUCGCUGAUACUGAUGAUUUUGUUGACCUGUUGCUGGUGAAAAUGAGAGAAAAGCCAGUAGCGACAAAGAAACCUGACCUUGACUUAUCAUGUAUUGUCUGGUGUGAGCAAGUCCCUUUGGACGCAUUUGCAGUUGGGCAAGAAGACAUACUGUACAGAAUGUGUGGUUUUGCUGUUGUGUCCCUUGUUAAGCUUCACAUGCUCAAAUGUGAAGGAUGUCUGCAAAAACUAAGGAACAACACGCUGCAGCCACAUUCUUCAAGUCUCUUACUGAAGAUUAUGAACUUCGCAGAAGAUGCACAAUUUGAGGUGUCUGACGAAUUAUUUCAGAUGCUCAGGCUUGUUGAGUUUAACUUGCGCAAAUGGAAGGCGGAUUUGGCCUUGUCUUCCGACAGUUUGGAAGUGCUCAUAGGUGAGCGCAUUAUUCCUUCUCUGUCCCAGUACCGCCUCAGCACUUGCCAUGACAUUAAGGACAAAAUUUUGAAGAAAUUUUCUAUGAUGAGAAUCAAGCAGCUUAGUCAAGUUAUUAGUGACUCACUGGUGAGACCCAAUGUCAUCACUUCCCAGCUCUCAAGUAAGACUGCUGGCUCCAAAUUUCUAGCUGACAAUUUUAGAAUAAAGUCAAAGAAAAAUGUCAAGUCAAAGAAGAAUGUCAAGUCAAAGAAGAAUGUCAAGUCAAAGAAGGCUGACAAGCUAAAAGAGGCUAUCAAGUUGAAGAAGGAUGUUAAGUUGGCGAAGGCUGUCUCUCCAAAGAAGGCUGUUAGAGUGUGAAUUUGUUUUCUAUUUAUUCAUGUGAUUGUGUUAUUUUUAAGUAUGAACUUGAG